AUGGCAAAAAAGGUUGACAAGAUCCAAUACAUCUCAGAGCCUGAUGGCACAUCCUACCUCUACUACCCAGUUGCUAUCAUUGGCGGGGGAGAGUCUGGCAUCGCCAUGGGCUGUCGAUUACGCUCUGAGCUAGGUUUUGACCAAUUUCGUAUAUUUGAACGCAUGUCCGGUCUGGGAGGCACUUGGUAUGCCAACACUUAUCCUGGCAUUGCUUGUGAUGUACCUGCCAUUCUCUACUCCUACUCAUUCGCACAAAAUCCCUCCUGGACCAGCGUCUUUCCCUCUGGCAAGGAGAUCGUCCGGUAUCUGGCUGAUGUUUGCGAGAAAUACGAGAUCCUUGAUAAAAUCCAGCUCGACACAUCUGUCAAGUCUAUGCGAUGGCUCGAUCAGCAGGAAGAAUGGGAAAUCGUUCUAGAACAUUUGGCUCCUGGAGUCGGAGAUCUUGCAACUCAUCAACGAGUGACAUUGGAGAAAGAGAAAGGCAAAGGUGCUGCAGUUCUGCGCACCGAGAUCAUACGCGCCAAAGUCGUCGCUUCCGCUGUUGGGGGCCUGGUUGAACCCAAGAGACCUAUCGACUUCCCAGGUAUCGAUACCUUUGAAGGGGAAAUCGUUCACACCGGCCGUUGGGACAAAAACGUCGACUUCCGAGGCAAGAAUGUUGUGGUGGUAGGUACAGGCUGCUCCGCAGCUCAAGUAGUUCCACAGCUCGUCAAACCGGAAUAUGGCGCGAAGCACGUCACUCAGCUCAUGCGGUCGCCUCCUUGGGUUGCACCGACUAUUCCUGAUGAACAAGUUCGCUUUCUUUCGCAAACCGUUCCAAAACUCUCCCGGCGCAUUCCCGGUUUCCAGAAUGCUUUCCGGAAAUUGCUUUUCUCCUUUAUCGAAGCCGAGUUUAUCAGUCUGUUCUCGGCUACCGAAGCUGCAAGAAAACAUAGAGAGGCUAAAAAGGACGAACUGCUGGCUCACAUGCGCAAGCACGUACCAAAGGAAUACCAGGAGAUCUUGACGCCGGACUACGAAGUCUUUUGUAAACGACGAGUGAUUGAUGAAGGCUGGUUCAAAUCGCUCCAACACCCUGACAUUGAAAUCACCACCCUACCUCUGACUUCGGUUCAGCCUCAAUCAGUGACACUUGGUCCGGGUCGUUAUUACCCACCAAUGUCUCAGACUGAUUCUAAGGUUCCUACAGAGGAGAAAACCAUCCCUACAGAUGUUAUUGUCAUGGCCAAUGGAUAUGAGACCAACAUUUGGUUACACCCACUUGACGUGACCGGCCGCAACGGCAGAUCCCUUUACAAGACUUGGGAGGAGCGCGGUGGUGCUCAAGCAUACUUAGGUACUGCCAUGGAUGGCUUCCCCAACUUCUUCAUGAUCUUCGGGCCAAACACCGCAACGGGCCACUCAAGUGUAAUCCUCGCUAGCGAGAACAUGGUGAAUUACAGUCUCAACUUCAUCAAACCAGUCCUUCGUGGUGAUGUUACAAAAUACGAGGUUAAGGAGUCUGCAGAGCGAGAAUGGACCAAGGGCAUUCAGGAUGCAUUGAAGAACUCGGUCUUUAUGUCGGGCGGCUGUAACAGUUGGUAUUUCGACAAGAAUGGCUGGAAUUCAACCGUCUACCCACGCACUCAAAUUGACUUCACCCUGAGGUGCAUGUUCCCUCGCUGGAGCCACUGGGAAGCAACGUAUACGCGUAAAGGUCUGGUUAAGCUUACAUUGGCAAGGUUGUUGAAGCUCUUCGCCCUUGUCAGUACUCUGUACGGUGCCUAUUUUGCAUUUAAGAAUGGAAAGGCGCGGACAAAGGACGUGCUCAAGGGUAUACUGUCGCGGGUUAGGGAAGGCGCACUGGCAUUGGCAGCGAGAGUGAGAUGA